AUGUAUUUUAGCAAUAAAUCCUCUUCGUUUAGUAAUGCAGAAACCAAUACAGAUUUAACUAUGCUAUUUGAUUCAAUGAUACAUGUCGAUUAGAUGUCAAAGAUGAACAAUACCAAAAUUCGUUUGUAUUGUCAAUUGACAGAAUAUGAAGGGAAAUUGUAUACAUAAUUCCUCAUAGACUAGACCUAAUUUUAACGAAUUGAUAUUUGAUCCCUCCAGUUUGGGUAGGUAUAAGAAUUUCAUUGGAGCAUCAUCCAAAAUAGCUAACUACAUAAAAUUGUUAGACCCCAAGAUUAGAAAGAAAUUUAUUGUUGAAGGUAAAUAAGAAGACUAUUUGAAGUAAAUGAUUUAACAACUAUUUUAAAAGACAAUCAAAACAUACAAAAAUAGAGUGUGAGCGAAUCAAAGCUUUGAUUGAUCAACACAAUACUAAUUAUACACUUAAUCUCAAAGGACUGGCAGGAAUACAGAGCAAUGACAAUCGUAAGGCUAAUCAAAAAAAGAGUCCUUGUAAAUUGACAUCCAUUUGUACAGCGAGACAAUCAGAAUUAACGACUAACGAUAUUCUUAAAGAUAUUGAUUCAAGUAGAAUUCAUGCAACUUAAAGAGGAAGAAAGGUCAAGGUUAAGCCUUUGAAGUAGAAAUAACAAUCAGAAGUGAUUUUUAAUGAUUCCCCCAGAAGUGUACCUCUGUAACCAAUAAAGCGAUCUCAAUUGUACUAACUCUUUGUUAAUUGA